AGCAGCUGGGAGGAAUCAAUCUGAAGUGACAGAAAUUCCAAUAUUCCCUGUUUCACUCGGGGAAUCCUGUGGUGCAGACCUGGGUGCGGAGGAGUCUGCGGGUGUCGCGGAGACGCGAAAACUCCCCGGAGCCGCGGUGGCGGCGCCGAGCGGCCUGGGAAAGUCUGCCUCGCCGCGGCAGGAACCACAGCCCUGAAACCUUCCAGGAAAGGGCAACAAGCCAUCUAUCUAUUCAUUAUUCCUGAAAAAGAAACUCAAAGAAGAGAAACAAACGAAAUGGCCGAUUCUCCAGUUAAUUUGUUCCAGGAUCCUUUGACAUUAAGGGAUGUGACUAUGGACUUCUCCCAGGAAGAGUGGGAAUGCCUAGAUUCUGCUCAGAGGACUUUGUACAUUGAUGUGAUGUUGGAGAAUUAUAGCAACCUCGUCUUUGUGGAGAACUAUUGCAUAUGUGAUCCUGUCUGUCAACAUGUAAAGACUGAAAAAGAGUCAGCUCAGUGUAAUGAUCUUGACAGCGUGCUUCAUGACCCCUCCACAUGUGUACUUUAUAGAACAAGUGAAACUACAGAAAACUUUAAUAAAUACACAUGCAGUAAUAACAGGGAUGCUUCUAUUGACACAUCAAACCCAAAUAGACAUGAAAGCAUGCAAACUGGAGAAAAAACUUGCAAUUCUAAAGUCUGUGAAAGAUCAUUAAAUUUAUAUCCCAACAUUACUCAAGAUCAGAGACUCCACACUGCAAGAUCAGAACACAGACAAGGAGAAUAUGACUACUAUGACUCUACAUACAGACUUUUGCAACAAAAAUUCUCCAUUGGAGAGACACCACACUGGUGUGGGGAAUACUUCAGUGCUGCCUCAAGCCUCACUGUACAUCAGAGAAUACAUACUGAAGAGAGGCCUUACAAAUGUGAAGAAUGUGACAAAUGUUUUACCCGGCUUUCAACUCUUAGAGCACAUCAGAAAAUUCAUACUGGAGAGAAGCCUUACAAGUGUGAAGAAUGUGACAAAUCCUUUAUCCGGCAUUCAACUCUUAGAACGCAUCAGAGAAUUCAUACAGGAGAGAGGCCUUACAGUUGUAAGGAAUGUGGUAAAUCUUUUACUACAUGCUCAGACCUCAGAACACAUCAGAAAAUACAUACUGGAGAGAAAAUUCACAAAUGCAAACACUGUGACAUGUCUUUUCUCCGACUUUCAACUCUUAGAAGACAUCAGAGUGUUCACACUGGAGAGAGACCUUACAAAUGUCUGGAAUGUGGCAAAUCUUUUAUCGACAUGUCACAUCUUAGAACACAUCAGAGAAAUCAUACUGGAGAGAGACCUUACAGUUGUGAGGAGUGUGACAAGUCUUUUAUUAGGUACUCCCACCUCAAAGCCCAUCAGAACAUUCAUACUAGAAGGAAACAACAAAUGCAAUGACUAACAUACCCUAUAUCCAUCUUUCAAAUCAUAGAAUACCUUAGAAAGUUCACACUGGGGAGAAAAAUGCCAUUCUCAUAAUGUACAUUUUUUGGUAUUUUUUUCUUAUAAAUUCCAUCAGGACAUAUAAUAUGCUAAAGGAUAAUUUUUAUAUAUUGUGAUGAUGGGUCUUUGCCAAAUUUCCCUCUGAUUGGUUGAAUAAAGAGCUGAGUGGCUAAUAACUAGGCAGGAGAAAAUGGGCAGAACUUCUCAGAAGAGAGGGGAACUUGGGAUGAAUCUGGUGUGGCAGCAGAUGACAAGUCUUGGGAAGAGUCAGGUGUACAGGAUGGAGGAGAGGUAAAGAGCCAGUUGGCAAAAUGUAGGUUAAUAGAAACCUGAUACUUUAAGUUAUAAGAGCUAGUUGGUGCUGUAGGAACUACUUCAGCCAAUAGACUCUAAGAUAUCAGCCCACUUGGGCAAGGUCUCUCAUACUGUAAAUGCUGGUGUAAAGCACAUACUUUCUCUCUUCUGGCUACUGGAUUCAGUUCCUGUUCCCCAUUCAUGCAGAGGACUGUAAUAUGAGUCUACCUCUAAAUAAAUAACCCUUUAUUAUA